AUACAUAAUAAAAAACUUUACAAGCCGAAGCUUGAGGAGCUGAGUGCAGAGAGAUGGGGAAGAUUAAAGUAAUCAAGACCCAUGUUUCUCUCUUCCUGAUCCUCCUCUUUCAGGCUUCAAUACCGGUUUUUUCAAUUUCUGAGCCUUCCAACCAGGCUCAAGAAGAAGACGCAGCUUCAAGGGUUCAUAGACACAAUGAAGAGAACGCUGAUGAAGUGCAUUGUUCCAGAAAAAGAAGCCGGGCUGCUUGGAAAAUCACUGAGGAGUAUUUGAUGCCAUUUGUAGAACGAGAAAAGUACCAGCUCUCUCAACAUUGCAGGCUUCACCCUGACAAUGAUAUCUUCAGAGAUCAGGAGCAGAAUAAGAUUCAUGUGGACAUAAAUGAAUGGCGCUGUGGAUAUUGCAGGAAAAGCUUUCGAUCAGAGAAAUAUCUUGAUCAGCAUCUUGGCAACAGACACUCCAAUCUUCUUAAUACUAGUCACAGCAAGUGCUUGGCAGAUCUGUGUGGAGCUCUGCAUUGUGACCUUGUGAUGGACACAAAGUCUCGAAAGAGCAAAUGCAAUCCUGCAGCUGCUGCAAGGAACAAGCACUUGUGUGAGGGCCUUGCUGACAAGUGUUUCCCUGUAAAUCAUGGUCCCUCAGCUCAUCGACUUCAUGAAAUUUUCCUGCGUCAAUUUUGUGAUGCACACACUUGCUCAGGAGGGCACAAACCAUUUUCUAGGGGUGGCAAGAAGCAUACAAGCAUAUUUUACCUCGCUAUUUCAAUAUUAACCUUGAUGCUGGUCCCUCUCUUCUAUGUUAUUGUUUAUUUGUACCAAAGAGAAAUGAGAAAGGAUAGCCAAGCAUUUAAACGCAUCUCACGACGGGGACAAAAGCCAAAGCCGUCUUAGUUGCAUCUUUGCCAUCUGAUUCUGCCCAGCAUCUUUGCCACUUGACUAAAUCGCUUCAGAGAUUGAGGUCUAUAUGAGCAUGAAGAUCUCUUCCAAUUGAAAGUUGAACGAUCCUGAAAGUCCUCUCAGUCAAAGAUUUUGUGCCAUAGAUGACCUGUAUUAGAUAGUUGUAACUGUUGUUGUAUAAUAGAGUUGAUAAUUUAGUUUCGAUCGAUACACACUCAGUCAUUUAUACUACACUGGUGUAACGGUGUUCAUUCCCAACUUUCAUCGCUAGCAUGUAACCUUAUGGUAGCUUUCAGAACUUACAAGUCUGUUUCUACAAAAAUCGGCGAGAGUGUAAUUUCUAAUUUAUCUGUAUGAAAAAAAAAUGGGAAUUUUACAGUCA